CACAAAUAAUUAUAAUAUUUAAUACAUAAUUAUCUAAGCACUAAGCAUUAGCAGUGUCUGUUAAACACCAACUAAAGCAACUUACUUAAUUAAUGCACACUUAAAUGUAAAAUUUAUCAUUUAUAGUGAUGUGCCAGGAACUUCAUGAUUUGAGUUUUCCAGUUCAAAGGAAACAAUACAAUGGACCAAAAUCAAGAUGACAUUAGGACUAAUAAAUAUCUGGUUCACAAAGUUGAUAGUAAUAGAUCUAAAUCUGGAUUGGAUGAGCCAGAUGAGCUCCCCAGAGAUUUGAGUAUUUCCUACUGGGAUUUAAUUGUGUUGGUCUUAGCUAUUGUUAGCCAUGUUAUUGAUGUUUGCAUUGAUUUCAAUAUCGCCUAUCAGUAUUACAUAUAUGAAAAACUUACUUAUUUUCUGCUAACAGUUAUUUUUAUAGCAGUUCCUUCUAUAAUAAACACUUAUAUGAGUUUGAAAAUUUAUUCUAUUCAAGAAGAUAUGCAAAGAACUACUCAAAAAUUGCUUUCAAAUCGAUUAUUAUUACCAUUUCUUUUGAUACUACAAAUGGCUCCUGUCUUAAGGUAUUAUGAUGUAUUGAAAUAUGCGUUGAAGUCUCAUAGAGCUGCUCGUAAAGGAAAUUUUGAUGAUCAGAAGAACUACUAUGCUUUAAUGGCUAAAGAGGACUCCUAUGUGUCAUUGUUGCGAAUCUUUGAAUGUUUUUUAGAAGCUGUCCCUCAACAAAUAUUACAAAUAUGUAUUGUUCUGGUAGAGAAAAAGCAGGGUUCUACUUUCCAAAUUGUUCAUCAAUCUGCAUCUAUUGCGAGUUCAACCAUAGGUAUUGCUUGGGCUAUGGCUUCAUAUCAUAAAAAUGUAAGAAUUGCUUAUGAAAACCGAAAAAAUAUAGGCAAUACAGGAACAGUAUUACAGUUUUUAUGGCACAUCAUGAUUACAGUAUCCCGAAUUUUGUCUAUUAGUUUAGCCGCUAUAGUAUGGCCUCAGUCAACUGGUAUUUUUUGUAUGGUCCAUUGGCUAUUUAUGACAUUAUGGAUUUUCAAAUUUCAAAAUGUAACAUUUUGUAUUCCAUCCAACCGAUCUGAAGAAAGUAAAAUCAUGAGAUUUUUUUUUUCAACAAUACUCGGUCUUGUAUACAUAUUUACUUAUUUAUCCCCCAGUGAAGGCCAAGGGAAUUCAAAAAAUCGUUAUUUAGGGUAUUAUGGAGUAUUCCUAGUAGAAAAUAUAGUUGCAGUCACUAUUUGGGCUAAUACUGGUACUGAUCAAAGCCAAUGGUACUACUAUCUUCUGAUGAUAGGAUCGAUAGCACCAUUUUUUGUUGGAAUUUUGUUUAUGGCAAUAUAUUACAAAUUUUUCCAUCCUCAUACCACUUACAAAGAUAAUAAUGUUGAAUCAUAAUAUACAAAUACCAAUAGUAAUGUGAACAAGUCUAUUUCGGAUAUUCUGGGUUAAAAUCAUUAUUGAAAUUAAAUGAUCUGAUAAUUAAUAAAUUAAAUUAUGACAUAUUAAUAU